AAACGGCCAUGAAGGUAUUACCCCUCCACGUGCAUAUAAAAGCCAACGUCCAGGCUCUCAAUAUAGUUCGUUAGAAAAUUCCAAAUACAGUAAACAUGAGAGUUCUCCAGAUCUGCUCAUUUGCCCUCCUAAUUGCCAGUAGCGUCUUCUGUGAAGAUGCCAAGAAAGAAAAACGUGGACUUCUUGGUUUGGGCGAUGCUGCUUUGAUUGGUGGCGCUCUUGGUCAUGGUGUUGCCCUUGGAGGUCUUGGACAUGGUAUCGGUAUUGGUCCAGGACUAGUAGGUUCCGCUCUUGCUGGACCUGGACUUGUUGGUCCUGGCUUAGGUCCGAUUGCAGUUGGUCCACCAAGAACUCAUUCACACUCAAUCAGUACCGUGGACAGAGCUGUUCCUGUCGGAGUACCUGCUCCUUACGCCGUCCCUGUGAACCGUCCAGUACCAGUAGCCGUCCCGGUUGAUGUACCCGUUGAUGUUCCUCGACCAUACCCUGUAGACCGACCUGUAGCAGUACCUGUUGAUGCUCCACGUCCCGUACCCGUUGAUGCACCAAGACCCGUUCCAGUGUCUGUGCCACACCCUGUUCCUUAUGAUGUGCCAAGGCCUGUUCCUUUGCCUGUACCAGCUCCAGUUCCCGUCCCAGCUCCUGUUCCCGUUGGUGUACCUUCCCCUGUACCAGUACCGGUUGACGUUGGUGUUGGUGUAGUUGGUCACGGACUUGUCGGUCCUGGUUUAGCUGGUCCCGGUUUAGUUGGUCCCGGUUUAGUUGGUCCCGGUUUAGUAGGUCACGGUUUAGUUGGUCAUGGUUUAGUUGGCCAUGGUUUAAUCGGCGAUGGUCUCGGCGGUCACAGAACCCUCCUUUCGAAACAUCUUUAAUUUUCAAAAUUGUGUAUUUAUUUGUAUUUGAAUAAUGGUAUGUAAUUAAAUCAAUUGUUAUUAUUGUGAAUAUAUUUGUACGUUUAAUGAACUCUGUAAAAUAGUUUGGUUAUAAGAUGAAAGCACUGUUGCCUUCUGAAUAAAA